AUGCCGAGCGCCAUCCACACGGGCGUGCGACGGGGCGUGAGCAGUGCAUCGGAUAAGAUCCGAAGCUUCGGCGCGGUGGCGUGCUUCAUUGCGAUCGAGAAGGCGAUGAUCGCCACAGGCUUGUCGAGCUACCUGCCAAGCACGCUGCUGGGCAUGUUUAGCCUGUUCGGCUUCCUGCUCCUUUUGGAGGUCACUGGGCAACCGGAGGCCGCCAUGGGCCUUUUUCGCUUUCUGGAGCCUGGCUAUCGCUUCUUGCUGAAGUGGGCGCCGGUCUUCUUCACCCCGGCCUUAGUGAAGUUGCCUCUGGUCGAGGAGCCGAUUUCCCCCUUCGAGUUCCUGAGGGUGGCGUUGCUGAUCUUUGUCGGGGGCAUGAUCCAGAUGGCGGCCGUGGCCCGGCUGGCUCAGUGGUUCAUCUCGCAAGAGCCGAAGAAGGUCAUCUAA